CCAGCUGAGUGUCUGUGGCGAGAGGAUUUCGCACGAGUUAGUCCUCUCCUCUAAUUCUUCCAAAGCAGCUUCUGUUUCGAUCGCAGUCCAAAAUGAAGGACUUUAGCAGACAUCGCAGUUCCCAGGUCCUCUUUCGAAACCCACACGUUAGCGGAAGCGACGUCGUGACGACCAAGUGGGUCGCCCGAAGCCUUCUGCUGCUGUUCACUCUCCUGCUGUUACCGUCUCUCCUGCCGACCUACGGAUCUGAGGACUCACGGAAACAGCCUCCUUUGGGCUCCAGGACUCUGAGAGGUUUCGAGGAGUCAGGCGAGAGAGACGAGAGAGACCAGAGGACGAGGGGAGAAGAAAGUGGCGGAGAGGGGACGAGGCCGGCGUCCGCCACUGUGAUGAACGUCCGGAAGGCAUUUUACGAAAUUUUGCAUAACAUGCAUAAUCACAGGGAAGGAUCGCAUUAUGAUUAUAAUGAUGAACAUUCCGGUGAUUAUGGCAACGACUAUGAUUAUUACGCAGGUAAUAACUCUGAUUAUAAUGAGGAAUAUUCCGGUGAUUAUGGCAACGACUAUGAUUAUUACGCAGGUAAUAACUCUGAUUAUAAUGAGGAAUAUUCCGGUGAUUAUGGCAACGACUAUGAUUAUUACGCAGGUAAUAACUCUGAUUAUAAUGAGGAAUAUUCCGGUGAUUAUGGCAACGACUAUGAUUAUUACUCAAGAAAUAACUCUGACUAUAAUGAUGAAUAUUCCACUGAUUAUGGCGACGACUAUGAUUACUCAAAUAAUAACUCUUAUAAUAGCUCUGAUUAUAGUGACGAUUACAAUUAUAUUUUUUAUGUACGUAAUGAUUCUAAUGCUCCCUUCUUCUACUAUGACUAUUCUGAGUCAUUUAAUGACGUUACCGCGAAUUCCAACGAGUAUGACAGUUUAUUGCUUGUAUAUUCUAAGAUAAUUUAUUUCUGCGAGUAUGUGUUUUCUGCCAUGCAUGGGCAUUAUGACGAGUUGCCAACGACGUGGGUCAAGCACAACAACACAAGUCUCCGCUUAGUCUCCGAGCCGCGGUUCGUAGCUGUGUGUGAGCCCAUCUUUCGUAAAUUCGAUGAUUGCGACGCGAGGUUCCCUGUCACCGUGUGCAAGGCCGAGAACCUGGCCUUCCUGCAUCCCACCAGCUGUAAAAGGCCUUCACUCGAAGAUGUCCAUUUUGAGAAACUCUUGGCGGUUAUGCGCCUGGAGCAAAAUGGCCCUUGCUUCCAUGCAGUGUGCAGUGGCCUUCUAAGGGUGAUUGACAGGGUAAUUAAUGGCGUCCUUGUACGCUUGAUUAGUCCAGAAGCCGAUGAUGAGACAGGCUGCCCGUCCUGCCAUCGGUACAUCCAAGAAUUCUUCCUGACACCCAAAGGCAAGCACUUCGCCUUCCGAGCGAGGAACUUCCAGUGGCCUUAUUGCUUCUCGGGCUAUCACAUCCUGUGGGCAGAGGAUCCGCGGCCCCGAGGUCUUGUGCCGCUGUGGGACUUCCUGCCGGUGCAGUGUCGGGCGGUCGAAGUCGGCCUUUCGCUGUUCAAUCUCUUGAAUGUGUGUUUUGGUGUAACAGGAAACAUUUUGGUGCUCGUAGUGACAGGCACAAACUUUUCCAGAUGGAAGUAUCAGGAUACACUUAAAGUUUCCUUAGCAUUAUGCGACCUCUUGCUAUGUGUCUUUGUUAUCCUGCCGAGCAUAGGAGUUCACUUUGAUCUUAGUACGGGAAGACUGGAGGUUCCGGCAACCCAGGAAACUAGUAAUCUUGUCAUUGAUGGCGGUUAUCGUCUUUUUUCUGCAGUCAUUUCAAGUACGUGUUGUAUUGUUUCAAUAUUUCAGCGCUUUGCUUUUAGUGUCUGGAUCCUCCUAAGAACGAAAACAAGAUCAGACUUCCUCCGAGUGCAGUGGCUGCGGGCAUUUCCAGUAGUCAGCUGGACAGUCAGUCUUAUGACGACAUUGCUGCUCAUGCACGACGCCGCAGGCUCCACAGGUAUCUGGGUCUCCUUCAGCAAACUUCCCUUCGGGGUGUCCAAACUAAGUAUAUCGAUAAGCCUUCCCAUACUAACGGCGGUCCUGGCCCUGAUCACCCUGCUUACACUGCUGAAUUACUCAGUAGUACUUUGGAAUAACCUGGCCACCGCGGCGCGACCCGGCCACACUCAGAGGGCUGAAGGGAUCGAUGGAUUAACGAAUCUCGAUAUGGCGGACAUUUCCCGCAGGAGGCAUAGACUUGUGCUCUUGAUUAUCCAAGUUCUGGUCAUCUUCGUCACCUCCUUCAUGGUCGGCCUUGCUCUCAUCCUGAAUAUGAGAGGAAAAAGGUCGCAUUUUUCUUCUUAUAUCGCCUGGUGGCUGUACCUGUCUUUGCCGUCCUGGAACCCCUGGCUCUAUAACUUGUGCAGCAAACGCUUCAGACAAGAUGCAGCUGACGUCCUUAGAAAAGUCUUUGCGCAGUUAGUGCCACGAGGUCAUCGGCGAAAUGCUCUCGGUGCUGUCGAGUUUAGAAGGAACCCGGAUCGCGAGGACGGAGCCGUGCGAUUCGAGUGGCGACCGCGCCUUCGGCAGGAGGCCAAGUGACCCUCGCUGGCUGGAUGUUGCACGCAAGGGCAUGGCAUGGAAUCCCACAGUAAU